AAGAAAUUGACAAAUCGGAAGGAGGAAGCCAUUUUGUUAGCAGGCGUAGUGUAAUUUAUGCCUGCCGUCAGAAACAGACCACUAUUCUGAGAUUGUUUUCUCAUAUUAAAGCCCUAAGACUCAUUUAACAGUUUUUUGACCAAAUUAUGUCCACAAUGAAUCCAGACUAUGACUACCUCUUUAAGCUGUUGUUGAUUGGUGACUCUGGUGUUGGAAAAUCUUGUUUGUUAUUACGAUUUGCUGAUGACACCUACACUGAAAGCUACAUAAGUACAAUUGGUGUAGAUUUUAAAAUUCGAACUAUAGAGUUAGAUGGCAAAACAAUAAAACUGCAGAUUUGGGAUACCGCUGGACAAGAAAGAUUUAGAACCAUCACUUCCAGUUACUAUCGAGGUGCCCAUGGCAUCAUUGUUGUUUAUGAUGUAACAGACCAGGAGUCUUUCAAUAAUGUAAAACAGUGGCUUCAAGAAAUCGACAGAUAUGCUAGUGAAAAUGUCAAUAAACUCCUUGUCGGAAACAAGAGUGAUUUGACAACAAAGAAGGUGGUGGACUUUACAACUGCAAAGGAAUAUGCAGAUCAGCUGGGCAUACCUUUCUUGGAAACCAGUGCUAAAAAUGCUACAAAUGUUGAACAGGCUUUUAUGACUAUGGCCGCUGAAAUCAAGAACAGAAUGGGACCCAUAACAGCUGCUUCAGACAGUAAACCUAGUGUGAAGAUUAACUCAAGCACCCCAGUUACUUCAAAGCAAGGAGGCUGCUGUUAAUGAGUACUUGCUUAAUUUAUUGAAACAAGAAAUUUUUUAAGUGUUCUGAGUGAUACUUCUAUGGUUAGAAGCUACAGCUGAACUCUUUGUAUAACCUGUCCUAUUUCAAAAUUUAAAACUACAACCACAGUUUGGAUUAAGUUACUUGAAGAGAGAAAAAAAUCAUGUGCUUUGUGGGCUCUGAUUUUUUUAGUGCAGCUACUUGGAAUAUGGGAUGGUUGUUUUACAUUUUAGCUUUUAUAUGGUUUCAUAAAUCAUACUUUUAAAUUAUGAUAUAGGACAGGUUUUACUCCAUAAGUGAUGUAUGAAUGAGAUUUAGAAUGUGUCGCCUUAUUCAUUCUUAUUUUGGUCCUAACCAACUCAAGAUUUUUUUUUCCCUAGGAAGUUGUAUUGUUCAAUUAUUUUUUUUUGGUAUUUUAUUUGUGCUAUGGUCUAACUUGAGGGGGAAAACUGUGUAAAUGUGGCCAACUCUACAAAUGGUUCCAUGCUCUAUUUUGUGAGAAGACACCUUGAAUGUACCGGGUAUACUGAUUUGGGAGCAGUGCUUUUGAAUGUUUGGUACCAACACAACUUAAAAGAAUUUUCAUUUGUUUAAGUUGUGUCAAAAUCAUACUUUAGUAUCUUAUUUAUUUAGCAAGUUUUUUUUUUUUUGAUGAAGCAUGUGUUGAUCAUGGCUUAAGCUUGAAAAUAAAUUGUUUUUAAGACCUAAUGAGUUUACUAACUUUGAGCAAACCUUUUAGUAAACUUGAUUUCUUAAAUUCUUUUAUUGAUAUUGUGAAGCUAUGAUGUGUUGUGAGACUGGGCUGUAUUGGAAAAAGCUGUCAUACAAUAAAAAUGCAGAUGUAAAGUUUUUUUUUCUUGCACUGUUGUAUCCUGUGAUACAUUAGUGUGGGGGUUUGUUUAGAUUCGCUUUUUACAUUUUUUAUAAUUUGUCAAAAAUCCAUUGCAAUUAUCUAAAAAAAAAAAUACACUAAGACUGAAUUUUUCAUCAACAGUUCUCUUCUGUGAUAAACGUUUGUAUCAAUUCACUUACUAUAUUUUUAAAAAUCAGCAAUGUUAUGUUUGAAUUUUGAACUAGAUAAUGUAUUUGGAAUAACAUUUUUAAUAACUAAAAUGCUAUUUAGUUCCAAGAAAGUUAAGGUGAUAUUGAGGCUCUAAUGAAGCCCAUUAUUAUUUUGUCUGUAAUUAUAAUUUUGGGGGAGUAUAUUUUUUUUCAAUUUUCAUCUUGCAUAGCCUAUAGCCUCUCAUUCAUAAUGAAUACAUUGCAAUAUGGUUGGCUGGUUGAUGAAAGGGGACAGUUUAUGUACAUAAGUCUGCAUGCUCGUUUUUUUUUUUCUUGUGACAGGUGAUAAUGUUUUUGUCAUUAUACUUCUUGAAAUAUUUGGUCCUUUUGUGUUUAUUAACAUUGGUAGUAAGCAGUCAUGAAUGUCUGUCUGUAUUCUUUUCCCAGUUUUUUUUUUUUUUUAAUUGACCUCAUACCAAUCAUCAGUAAGAAGUGAAAUAAUAAUUUUUACAAUGACAUUCCGAAACAGACUGCUUGCCUAUAAAAAUACUUUUUUUGCCUGUUAGGUUCUUAUUUCUAUACCACAUGGUGCAGGGGGUUAUUUUUUGUGCAAUUUUUAAUGACUCUACUAAGAAAACUAGUGAAAAACUUUCUUUAGACAAGUCUGUAGUAAUCAUGUGCAUACAUUGUGUUCGUCAUUUCUUCAUAACCCUCAGACUAUAUGGAUAGUUAUUGGUUAGUAAAAGAAAAUAACCCAUUUAACACUGUAAUUAAUACACUACUCUUCCAUACGCAUUGGAUUACAAUAAUAUCAUAGAGGCAUUACUUUUAAGGUACCCUGUAAAAGAUCCAACAUACCAUCAGAAAUCUGAAUGGCUCCUUGUAUUUCUAAUUGAAUGGUUGAUUUUUUUUUCUCUCUGCAUGGAGUGUCAAGGGACAUAGUAUUGGAUAUGGAGUAACAAUUGGAAACUGAAGUAAAGAGCACACAGCAAUGCACCUAGUUUUUGGUGACAGUUCCACGCUACCAUCCCAUGCAUUGUUUAUUGUGGGCUUAUUGAUGACAUGUCUUGUUGUUCAUCUUCAGAAAUAAAACAAAAAUUAUUGCUGCACUGUAACAAUAUCAUUAUUGAAUAAAUCUGUAUAUAUCCA